UAAGGUUUGAGGGUGGGAACGACGUGAAUGACCUUGCAGAGGUAUCUAGCCCACCAGGGACAAGAUUAACAAACCCGAAACCUCUACAAAUAUUUAACGUCUUCCUCCUGCAUUCCUCCGGAAGCUUCUCGUUUCUCUCUCGCCCACCUCGUCCAGCCUCCUCUCUGCUCGCUCGGCUAGACAAAGCCCAACCCGCCCAUCUCUUUGCAAACCCAGAGAACUUCAGUCCCCAUGUUGAAAGUCGUCGGCGGCGGUGGCGGGCAGGACUGGGCAUGCUCAGUAGCAGGGACAGGUCUGGGAAGCGAGGAAGCCGCGUUUGAAGUCGCGCGGCUCGUGGAUCGGAGGGAGGUGGGCUGCGGGGGCCCCGGUUGGGGGUGCGCGGAAAUCUCAGAUUCCGCGCCCGGGGCGGGCAUGCUUCAGGCGGGUGGGGCGGAGACCGCAUGCGGGGGGCAGGACGCGGAGGAGCUGGUGGAGCCGGUAGGAGGAGGGGAGGAGCGCUCAGCUCGCCAUCCCCCGGCGCCGGCUCUGCGGCUGCUGAAUCGGAAGCCGCAGGGAGGAUCCGGGGAAAUAAAGACGUCCGAGAAUGACCUCCAGCGAGGCCGCCUGAGGCGGGGCCCGCGAGCUGUCCCACCAGCCUCCAGUAUGGGUGACUACGGUGGACAGGCUGAACGCUCAGCCCUUCACGCCCCGGCGACCCCCCCGGGCGCUGGCGCUGCUGCGGUGAACGGGCUGCUGCAGAACGGCUUCCACCCACCGCCCGUCCAGCCGCCGCGCCUCUGCAGCCGGGGCCCCGCGGGCGUCGGUGACGCCGCGCCCCCGCGCCUACCGCUCCUGCCGGAGCUCAAGCCGCAGCCGCCUCCCCCUCAGCACGACUCCCCGGCCAAGAAAUGCCGCCUCCGGAGGAGGAUGGACUCCGGAAAGAAGAACAGGCCGCCAUUUCCAUGGUUUGGCAUGGAUAUCGGUGGAACAUUGGUUAAGUUGGUCUACUUUGAACCGAAGGACAUUACAGCUGAAGAGGAGCAAGAGGAAGUGGAGAACCUGAAGAGCAUCAGGAAGUAUUUGACUUCUAACACCGCUUAUGGGAAAACUGGGAUCCGAGAUGUCCACCUGGAACUGAAAAACUUGACCAUGUGUGGGCGCAAAGGGAACCUGCACUUCAUCCGCUUCCCCACCUGUGCCAUGCACCUGUUCAUUCAGAUGGGCAGCGAAAAGAACUUCUCCAGCCUUCACACCACUCUCUGUGCCACGGGAGGCGGGGCUUUCAAGUUCGAAGAGGACUUCAGAAUGAUUGCGGACCUGCAGCUCCAUAAACUGGACGAACUGGAUUGUCUGAUUCAGGGCCUGCUCUACGUCGACUCUGUUGGCUUCAACGGCAAGCCGGAAUGUUACUAUUUUGAAAAUCCCACAAAUCCCGAAUUGUGUCAAAAAAAGCCGUACUGCCUUGAUAACCCGUACCCUAUGCUGCUGGUGAACAUGGGCUCAGGUGUCAGCAUCCUAGCCGUGUACUCCAAGGACAACUAUAAAAGAGUUACAGGGACCAGUCUUGGAGGUGGAACAUUCCUAGGCCUAUGUUGCUUGCUGACUGGUUGUGAGACCUUUGAAGAAGCUCUGGAAAUGGCAGCUAAAGGCGACAGCACCAAUGUUGAUAAGCUGGUGAAGGACAUUUACGGAGGAGACUAUGAACGAUUUGGCCUUCAAGGAUCUGCUGUAGCAUCAAGCUUUGGCAACAUGAUGAGUAAGGAAAAGCGAGAGUCCAUCAGCAAGGAAGACCUCGCCCGAGCCACACUGGUCACCAUCACCAACAACAUUGGUUCCAUUGCUCGGAUGUGUGCGUUGAAUGAGAAUAUUGACAGAGUUGUCUUUGUUGGGAAUUUUCUCAGAAUCAAUAUGGUCUCCAUGAAGCUACUAGCAUAUGCCAUGGAUUUUUGGUCCAAAGGACAGCUAAAAGCUCUGUUUUUGGAACACGAGGGUUACUUUGGAGCUGUUGGGGCACUGUUGGAACUGUUCAAAAUGACCGAUGACCAGUAGGGAGGAGCCACAGAUGGGGCAGAGACCUGAGAACCGCUGCUGGAAAAGGUGGAAGCUGCUGUGGGACGGAAGCCAAGCCAUUCAUGGCAGAUGUACCUGCUAGAUUUGUAAAUAACCUAAAAUCCUUCUAGCUGAUCUUUUACUCUUGAGUUUUGAGCUUAUGAUUCAAAAUGGGAAAUACAAGAGUUUUUUUCUGUAUACCGUAUUUUUAAGAAAAAACAACAUUUUGUGCAGCGUGGCCAAACCUACCAAUUUUAUGCAUUAACUUUGCAAAGUUGUAUGAUGUUUAAGAAGGACCUGAAAAUUUAAGUGCUGUUUAUACUUCUUCUGGGGUUUACUGAUCAGUGUGGUAAUUUUAAAUUCGUUUAGUAAUUACUCUAGGAGAUUUUACCUUUACUUAUAUUUUUCAUGACGUUUCAUGAUUUGCUGUUGGUUUCAGAUGAAACUACAAAUCUAGCAUGUUUUACUGUGAACACUAUUUCGUUUGUGUUUGUGUAUCUUUUAUUGUCUUGUUUUUUUUCUGUUUGAAUGUCUUAUGGAGAAAGAGUCUUCCCCAUUUCUGUCCUUGGAUGACUCCCCUUCGCCGCCAUGCCUUCCUUCACUGUAGUUGUUCAGAUUAAUCAAGGUGCUGUCCAACUCAAUACAAAGUUAACCAUGAGACCUAAAGCUCUCAAAAGUGCCCUCAAAGGGGAAACUCUGAAAGUGUUCAUAAAUGUAAGGAGUCUGGCAAAAGUUGAAAAUUAUGUGCAAUUUUGUCAUAUCCCUCAUGAAUCUGCCCUAUGAUGAAAUGUCCUCAUUUAUGCACAGCAUAUGAAGGGCAGCAAACCCUGGUGCGAGACAUUGGCAUUCACAGAACACAGUCUCCCAGGAGAUUAACUGCUCCCAUUGGGAGAUUGAGGGGAAGUCGUGGAUCGAGGUAUCAGGUAGUAACAUCUUUUUGUUUUGUACAUGUAUAUGCCUAGGAGCUUUGUAACAUGUCAUCUUAAAUAAUAAUAAAGUUAUUUCAUUUCAAAUAUUUUCAACUAAAAAUGGUGUUUCAGUCCUAGUUGCUAAAAUUUAAAAAAAAUGAUGCUGGUACAUAUUUUUUUUUUAAAGACAUCAUUGGAACUGAUGAGUAACUUUCAAAUGUGAAUCUAGAUGGACAUUGAAACACAUUCGACCUAACAAUUAAGAACUAAUUAAUAGUGUGAAUUGAGCGUCUUGUCAAAAGGGAUUUUGCAAGGGCGUUGCUCCAUGAGGAAGCUUUCCUUCUCUGCCUUCUGAGCACCCCUUUAGUUUCCAUAUCAAGGCUUAAAGUUGAUGUUAAUUGAAGUAUUCACUUGUCUGGUUGAAAUAAAGCCUGUUUCUGUUGUGA